AUGGUUAAAGUCCAUAAACUUGUGGCCGCGCGUUUCCUUUACGAACGCUCCAAUUACGAGGCGAAGAGCGACUUCCUUCCUGGAGGUUUCCUCACCACGAACGCUUCCGACGCUAGCCCUGUUUGUUGGACAAACAAUCCAUUACGAGUUGCGACGUAUCCAAAGAUGUCCAAGGAGGCGUUUCGCAACGGUGGUCACCCUAGCGCCCCACUGUCGAGGUGCGCCGCGACGAAGCGACCGGUGAAACUUAGUGCCAGCAGGCGCGUUUCGGUGCUUUUACGUGUGAAUACUAGUGGCCAAAUGAGGAGAGAGCCGGUUCCGGCGAACGGGCAGCGAUGUGAAGUGCCUCCCCUGAACAUUCAGAGAAUCUUUUCCGCAAGUGACACAUUAAAGCCGUUGCUGGAAUCGACAACGGGCCGCUCUGGUCAAACUGGCAGCAUGAAGCGAUCUCGUCACAGAUGGCUGGGACUCAGCCUGUUCUGUCUUGUUCUCGCCGUGCUCUCUCUAGAGUUGCCCACUGCGUCCGCGGUGCGGGCAACAUCGCUGAUCUUCUCAAAGACUAGCAGCACAACUGGUGCACCAGAUGAGGAAGUGUCAGAGGGGGAAGAUGAAGCCCAGGCGGAGACUACAGCGGAGGGCGCAGAGGGCGCUCAAAACGCCACCAAGAAACUCUCCGGGAUACCGCAAAUAGACUACAUCCAUGACCCUAAUCUUCCCCGGGAACUCAACGGGUACAAUCUGUCCGAGUACCCCUUCUACGAAGCCGUGCCACCGCCGGAGACGAUGGACUUCAAGUGCGAUGGCCUGCAUGAUGGGUUCUACGCUUCUGUACCUCACAAAUGUCAGGUGUACCACCAUUGUCUAUUCGGAACGAGAUACGAUUUCCUUUGCGCGAAUUACACCGCCUUCGACCAGAAGACGUUCAUUUGUCACUUCGUGUCAGAAGUCGACUGUAAAAACUCGCCAAACUAUUUUAACAGAAACGAAGCUCUGUAUAAAGCUGCAUCGACAGCCCCACCACCGCCGCCGCCUACCACUACCACAACUACCACCACAACUACCACACAGCGACCACCCAGACCACCACGCAGACGGCCGAACUACAGAUAUGACUAUGAUGAUGACGAAUAUUACUACCCAGCCCGGGAUGAUUACGACUAUGCUUACGAGGAGAGGGGUGGUAGAACUCGAAGACCACAAGGAAGGCCUAUGAGACCAGGAAAAAGAAGGCCGUACGAUGACUAUGAAGAUAAGUAUGAACCACGGUCGAGACCAAGAGAUGAAAGCGAAGACUAUUUUGAGGAACGGAGACCAUAUGAUAGAAGGCCAGGCAAAAGGCCUUAUCCGGAAAGAAGGCCCUAUGAUGAAGACAGUAGGAGAGAAGAAAGACGACCAAGUUACAAAGGAGGAAGAAGGCCCGCAAGACCGAGGGACACUGAUGAGGAAAAGUAUAAAACCGAUGAUGACAGACCUCGAACAGCGCCAAGGGAUCAAAAGAGGGAUGAAUACAGACCAAGGGAUAAAAACAGACCAAGGGAUGUUAUGCAGCCCGUAGAUGAAGAAAAAUUUAGAGAUGAGGGAGAAUCAACUUGGGAAGACCGAUCUAGAGAUGACACGAGAUUUCGUAACGAUGGCAGGACAAGAGAUGAUGUAAAGCCUGCAAGUGAUGUUAAUUCUCGCGAUGAAAGUCCAUCGGGCAGAGAUGAACAAAGAGAUGAAAUAAAACGGGAUCGGGAUGAAAUGAGACCGAGGGAUGAAAUCAGAUCACGGGAUGAAAUACGUCCUAGGGACGAUAUACGCUCAAGAGAUGACAUUAGACCAAGGGAUGAAAUUAGGCCUAGAGAUGAUAUAAAACCUAGAGAUGAGAAAAGACCCAGAGAUGAAUCGAGGUUUAGAGAUGACAUAAGACCUAGAGAUGAGAUAAGACCUCGUGACGAAAGGAGACCUUAUAGAGAGGAUGUUACUGGUCCAGAAAGUAAAAGAGACAGUACCAAGAAUAGAGAUAACCGCUACCCUUCAACCGAGGGUCGGCGUCUUUAUAAUAGAGAUGAAAGACCCAACAGACGCGAGGAGAGAACUACUUUAAAACCCGAGAGAACUUAUGAGAGUGAGGAUAAAAUACAAGAGGAAAAACGUCAAGCCCCAACAGCACCAGAUGGACAACCAUUAGUGAAACCUAGCGGUCAUGGCAUUUUUAGCCAACCACGUAUGCCACCUAAAAUUAAACGUCCUGUGCCAGCUAACGAAAAGGACAAAUAUGAUUAUGUUCCUAUAGCUACCACAAAGCCACCACCCAAAGCUGGUGAUGAUGAAUAUUAUGAUGAUUAUGAAGAAGAAGAAGUAAGUAGACCGUCGUCAUCAGGAAAAUCGAGUGCUAUCCAACAAAGACCUAAGCCGGAGCCAGUUGAAAAGGAAAAAUUUAAACCAACCAGAUCAUUGACAAAUCCUGCCAAUUCGAAAUACAAAAAACCAGAAAGACCAAUAGAUUAUGAGGACGAUGAUUAUGAGUACGAGCAGCCAGCAAAAAAGGCACCUUAUAUUCAGCGUCAUAGAGAAGAACGACCUCCUAAGCCAAUCGUGAGUGAUGAUGAUUAUUACUACGAUGAAGAGAAACGUCCAAGCACUGAAAAGGUAAAACUGAAAGAGGAGGAUAUUGUUGAAAAGAUAAGAGAAGUCAGACCAAAUGUACGUAUUGUUAAGCGUCCUUUUUUACCGUCUAGGGGUGGUAGUCCCUACCUGCCACGAGGCUUGCAACCUGUCGCUGGUAAGGAUCUAAGCUCACCUCCCAACACCACCCCUAAACCAACUACCACCACUACUUCUACAACGACCACAACGACUGCGCCGACCACCACGCCCAGAAUUACAACUACAGAAACGAUAACAACAACCACUGAAAAACUGACCACGUCAAUCGGUACGGAGAGACCAACGUUGAUAGGGCAUUCGAAGCCUGAUGACGAAUACGAGUAUUACGACGAAGAAGACAUUGAAUACGAGGGCAAAGACAAAAAGCAAACGACAACAACAGAGGUCGUUAUUACAACUCCAUCGACAACUACAAGCACUGAGGCUAUAACGACGGAGCAAAAGGCUAAGGUGCUGGCUACUAAAGUGCUUCGCGUGUUCAACGACAACUACGAAGCUAUUAGAGACAAACUGCAGUCUACGUUAUCACCCGGCGAUUACCUCAAGCCGUACCUAGCCACUUCUACGCCCCGUGACUACACCGAGAAGAGAACUGGCUACAAGACAGUUGAGCCCAAGCCGGAGAUCUCCAAGCCGUAUACGGCGACCGGCAAGCCGUUGAGGAUUCCUGAAGACAUAUCGAUAAAACAAAACCUGGCGGAUUCCAUUGAAAACGAUUACGACGUGGCACUUAACGAGGCAUUGGCUCCCGUGUCGAAGCUCAGGGUCCCUAGUGGUUUCGUCGUGUCCCCGGAUAGGGACUACCCUUACAACAGGUUUAGGAACAACUUCCAAGCGGACCCGCAGUACGCGGCCUCAGAGUUGAGUAACUUUCAGCUGAGGAAACGACCUCAGGUCCAGGGAGUAAGCAUACGAACACCAAACUCCUAUUAUCUCCAGCCACAACGAAUCAGCUACCAAGAGGCGGCGUUGACGAGGCCACCAAGGCAACUAGUGUUUAGGCAAUUGCAGGGUUUCUUC